UCACCUUCUACUUGAAAUACGAUACACUACACAGGUUUAACUGUAUUGUAAUCACGCCGUUGAAUAUGAGGACUGCACGGCAGCUGCUUGAUAAUAACGUGAGCGUUCUACUUUUGUCGCGUCGCGCGCUCGUAGACACGGUGUUCAGCUCUACAUGUCUUUCCACAUCAAAGGGAAAUCACACAAGUUCCAACAGUUCAGCAGUGGGAGGCAGCCAGCGCUUGAAAGGAUCAUUCGCCUCCAAUGCACCAAAGCAAACAAACACUCUUGCCCUCGGAAAUUGCAUUUCCAUGAACCGCUCUAUGGAUAAAACGCGUCCUUGAGUGCAGUCGGUGUUGUUUGCGAUUAAGCUCGAUAUGUCUGAAAAUCAGCCUCUUUACGCUCUACUGUUCUUAACUUCACUCUUCAGCUCCGCGUGCUCACAGGGGACACGAUUCGUUCAUUCAGCUGCUCUAGAUGCGGAUGGGAGAUACAACAUUAAGUGGGGGUUUAACGAGUCCACGAUAACUUUUGAAGUAGAAGUUGAAACGAGGGGAUAUGUAGGAUUCGGUUUGUCACCGACCGGUGCGAUGUCCUCGUCUGAUAUCGUGAUAGGUGGUGUGCUCAACGGAAGUCCAUAUCUGAUGGACUGCUAUACAGACUCAAAUAGAAAGGUCCAUAAAGAUGCGCUGCAGAGCUAUCAGCUGCUGUACGGCAGAGAAAAUGACACACAUACUGUCCUGGCUUUCAGCAGAAACCUCCAUACCUGUGAUGACAAUGAUAAAGUCAUUACGGGCAGUACUGUGAGGGUGAUCUGGGCGUUCCAUGAGGAGGACGUGGGAGUUUCAGGACCAGUCUACCAUGGGACGAACAGAGGCAGAAAGAGUCUGCGAUUACUCAACCCUGGAACCAGCUCCAGGAUCCCAGCAGGAACAGCUUUCUUUGACCUUCUAAAUGAGGAGGUUCCUGUACCUCAUAAGGAUACAACAUACUGGUGUCAGAUCUUUAAAUUUCCAGAGCUGAAGAAGAAACAUCAUAUAAUCAGAAUAGAGCCAAUGAUUCAGAAGGGUCAUGAGAAUCUGGUUCAUCACAUUCUGCUCUACCAGUGUGACAGCAAUCUGAACAAGAGUGAGAUCAACAGAGGACAUGAAUGCUACCAUCCAAAUAUGCCAGACUCCUUCUUCACCUGUGAAACCGUCCUGUUCGCUUGGGCUAUUGGGGGAGAGGGCUUCACCUACCCUCCACAUGCUGGAAUGUCUAUAGGAACCUCAAUAGACCCAGUCUAUGUACAGAUGGAGAUUCACUUCGAUAACCCAUCUUUACAAAGAGGUAUAGUGGACAGUUCAGGCCUGCGUUUGUACUACAGCCCCAGCCUGAGGCGCUAUGAUGCUGGGGUCAUCGAGACAGGAGUGUGGGUCAGUCUUUACCACAUGCUGCCCCCAGGCAUGCAGGAUUAUAUUACAGAAGGGCACUGCACACAGGAGUGUCUCCAAGAGUCAUUAGACGGUGAGAUGCCCAGUGGAAUUCAUGUGUUUGCGGUUCUGCUCCAUGCUCACCUGGCAGGACGGGCAAUCAAAGCCAGACAUUUCCGCCAGCAGGUCGAGCUCCAGCCACUAGCCUCAGAUGAUCAGUUUGAUUUCAACUUCCAGGAGUUCCAGCCGCUCAGCCAGGAGAGGAUCAUCCUGCCUGGAGAUUCUCUAAUCACUGAAUGUCGAUACAACACUAAAGGCAGAAUGAACAUGACCUGGGGAGGUCUUAGUACUCGGGAUGAGAUGUGUUUGUCCUAUCUGCUGUACUACCCCAGGGUUAACCUAGCCAGGUGUGAAAGUUUACCAGAAAUCACCGGCCAGCUUAAAUUCAUUGGGGUCAAAGAGAUCCAGGAGCCUGUUACAACCUGGCCCUUUGUUAUUAAGAGUCCUAAGAAAUACAGCAACCUCUCCUUCACAGAAGCCAUGGACAAAUACAAGUGGACAAGGAAGAAAGGGAAAGCAUUCAAUGACAUUGUACGCAAACUCCCCAUGAACGUUCGCUGCUCCAAGAUUGGCCAGGAUGAGUGGUCGAUUCAAGGGAUGAUCAUCUCUCCUCCAGAGCUGAAAUCAGAGCAGACGUCUGCUGAUGCCGUGGCCUGCAGGAAUGUCUCAGAGAUUCAGUGUGGACACUCCAUGCUUCUGCUCCUCACUGCAUGUCUCUUGCUCAUACUACAGACCUGCCUACACCUCUAAUGUCUGCUGUCAUCUCAGCCCCCUACUCAUAAACAUAGCCUAAAUGAAGUUUAUCACUAACACUGAUCACAACUGUGCUGUAUUCAUGAAGGAUGGUGGCAUCAUGCAUACUUCACAUGGAAUAUCCUUGGUUAGCGGAUACUGCGGUGUUGAACGUCUUACCAUAGUUGUAAAUUUUAAUAAUCAUACCACAAGUCUGAAAUAGGCUGUCACACUCCAGCAUACCACAACUUAUGUCUUCUGGGUUGUAGGGAUAGUAUUAGAUAACUUUAGUCAUCAUUUACUCACCCCUUGUGUCAUGCCAGUUCUGUAUGACUUUCUUCUGUGGAACAUGAAAGAAGAUAUUUUGAAAAAUUGUAUUGGUGUUUUUUUUUUUUUCUUUUUUGCUACAAUCAGUUAAAGUCAAUGGGGUCCACUGUUGUGUUGCGCCAAAGUCCCUUUAAGACAAUGUCACUCUGUGGCCAUCUUUUAUUGCAGCUCCUGUCUCUUUGAAUGGGAAACAUCAAAUUCUCCAAAAAUGUUCGCCAUGAGCUGUCUCUAAAAUUUUGUUUCUUUUGCUCAAAUAGCGAAAAAAAAAGCCUAUUUUUCAGGCUAGACCAGCAACGCUGUUUCUAUAACAACCGGGACUUCUAACGGUAGCUGCACUCUGACUUUACAGAUUAGCGACUGGCUAUUUUACUUAGAAGGCGGGGCUUCGUUCUAUAGAGCGGCCAUAUUGACUUUCAUUGUAAGGACAAAAUCAUGCUAUAAUGCAGGCUUUCUCAAAAGUUGUGUAAAAUUUUCAAUACCUUCCUCUCAGUCACAUUGGUAGAUUUGUUAAAAGUUAAAAAGUUAAAAUUUCCUUUAAAAAUGUACUUACAAAUGAAAAUGUGUUUAGUCCAGAGCUCUACGAAAUGUGUUCCUCUCAUUAUAAGCUAAAUAUUUGUUUCACAAUGGAAUACUGGCAUUAUAUUCAA